AUGCAUACCCUAUCGCGUAUCCGAUCGGUCUCCCUCGCCGCGCAAGUGCGGAGGUGCGCUCGCCCUGGCGUGCGCCCAUUCGCUCUCCCCUUCAACACCUUUACUCGUCUUUCCACGACCACAGCAAGCACCCGAAAGCUUGAUCUUCCCGCCCUAGACAAAAAAUGGCAAGCAAAAUGGCAAUUAGACGCGACUGCACCGCAAAGCAACUCCGAUUCAACUACCGAGUCCAAACCGAAGUCCUAUGUUCUGUCAAUGUUUCCAUACCCUUCCGGGACCUUGCACAUGGGUCAUCUCAGAGUAUAUACCAUUUCAGAUGUCCUGUCAAGAUUUUAUACGAUGCGCGGUUAUGAUGUUAUACAUCCCAUGGGCUGGGAUGCUUUUGGAUUGCCAGCAGAAAACGCGGCAAUUGAACGAGGUGUUGAUCCUGCAGAAUGGACGGCGCAAAACAUUGCGAAGAUGAAAGCUCAAUUAACGAGCAUAUCUGCAUCAUUCAACUGGGAUAGAGAACUUGCGACUUCCGACCCCGAGUUUUACGAGCACACCCAACGGAUAUUCCUGAUGCUAUACGAGAAAGGCUUGGCAUAUCAGGCGGAGGCUCUAGUCAACUAUGAUCCUGUCGACAAAACUGUGCUCGCUAAUGAGCAAGUUGAUGCCAAUGGAUUCUCAUGGCGGUCCGGGGCGAAGGUCGAGAAAUUGAAUCUGAAACAAUGGUUCUUCCGGAUCACAGACUUCAAGGAAAUGCUAUUGAAAGACCUUGACUCACUUUCUGGAGGAUGGCCGGAGCGCGUCUUAUCCAUGCAACGAAAUUGGCUUGGAAAGUCCGAAGGCGCUAAGAUCAGGUUUCCGGUUGCCGUUGAUGGGACCAAUGUACAUGUCGAUGUGUUUACCACACGGCCAGAUACCCUAUAUGGCGUUGAAUAUUUGGCUCUUUCACUAGAUCACCCGAUUGUUCUGAGUGCGGCCGAGAAAGAUGCUUCCCUUCGCAAGUUUCUGGAUGAAGCAGCGUCUCUUCCGCCUGACUCGAAGGCUGGGUACCGUCUCACAGACGUGACGGUCACGCAUCCUUUGCUCAAAGUUGACGAAAGUACUUCACACUUGGAGAGAAAGCUGCCUGUCUUUGUGGCGCCAUAUGUUCUUAGUGAUUAUGGUGAGGGUGCAGUUAUGGGUGUGCCGGGCCAUGACGCUAGAGAUAUGAUGUUUUUUAAAGAAAAUGCAAACCCUGAGACUAUCCCCGUUGUUAUUGAGCCUGAGAUGAAAGAAAAUGACACCCAGACCAUAGACAUUCCCGUCAAGGAUGCGAAGGCUUUCACACAGGAGGGCAUUCUUACCUCACGAUGUGGAAAGUACCAAGGCAUGCACUCCAAGGAGGCUGCGCAGCAGAUAGUCGACGAUCUCAGUAACGAAGGACAGGCAAAAUUUGUCGAAAGCUGGCGACUACGCGACUGGUUGAUCAGCCGGCAACGAUAUUGGGGGGCUCCUAUUCCCAUUAUUCACUGUCAUGAAUGUGGUCCUGUCCCUGUACCGGAAGAAGACCUGCCAGUCAAACUGCCCAAAAUUCAAGGCGAAUGGCUGAAGGGCAAAAAAGGCAACCCCCUGGAGUCUUCUGGGGAAUGGCUUCACACGGAGUGUCCGAGUUGUGGAGGACCAGCAAAGCGUGAUACUGACACCAUGGACACAUUUGUGGAUUCAUCUUGGUACUAUCUCCGUUUUCUGGACUCGGCAAACAAAGAUGCACCAUUCUCGCCUUCGUCCGCGCGGCCAGUGGAUAUCUACAUUGGCGGCGUCGAGCACGCUAUUCUACAUCUACUCUACGCUCGGUUCAUUUACAAGUUCCUUGCUCAGUCGAAGCUAUUUCCGGAUUCCAACUCUGCUGAAAACUCAAUAGCAGAGCCUUUCAAGGUACUUCUAUCCCAGGGCAUGGUGCAUGGUAAGACUUUCACAGAGCCAUCUACCGGCCGAUUCUUGCUUCCUGAUGAAGUGGAUAUCACCAAACCCGAUAAGCCCCUCAUCAAGGGUACUGAUAUCACCCCCAAUGUUUCCUUUGAAAAGAUGUCAAAGAGUAAACACAACGGUGUUGAUCCAACUGCCUGCGCAUCCAAGUACGGCGCAGAUGCCGCCCGUGCUCAAAUUCUCUUCUCGGCACCAGUCAGCGAAGUGUUAGAAUGGGAUGAAACCAAGAUCGUCGGCAUUGAGCGUUGGUUUGGUCGUCUUUGGAAGCUCGUCAUCGACGCGCAACAGACUCUGUCUAACACAUCGUUCACUAUUCCCGUGGGCGAUUUGAAGAACCCCACUGGCCAUGCUAUGUCUCUACCGGCAUCGAUCCAUGAACUAAGCGACUCCGAUGCAGAUGCGAUCCUAGCAACCCAUAAUACUAUCUCAUCUGUCACCACCUGCAUCGAGAAAAACCCAUAUGGCCUGAACACUGUAAUCUCAGAUCUGACAAAGUUAACAAACGCUCUAUCUUCGGCCCCACCCUCCUCACCUCUUGUCUCCUAUCUAUCAAUCUCUGCUCUCCUUCGCCUUUUAGCACCAAUUGCGCCUGCACUGGUCUCUGAGUCCUGGGAGAUGUUACAUGAGUCGGUUGUUAAGCGAUCAGAUCCUACUGUGCCUUUACCAAGCAUCUCCUCAUCCCCCUGGCCUUCCACACUUCUUACCUCUGAACAAACAGAAGCACUUUCAACCCGAGGGGGUCAAACUGUGGCUGUUCAAAUCAAUGGAAAAUUACGUUGUGCUGUGACAAUCCCACGCUAUCCUUCUUCGGAAACUACGCCUUCAAAGGGAAAAUCCCCUACACCUACGAAGGAGGAACAAGACUGGAUUAUCAAUCAGGUCUUGGAGACCACCGAGGGCAACCUAUGGUUGCGUGAAAAGAAUGACUGGGAGAACAGGCGACGAGUUAUUGUUGUCAAGGGGGGUAAAUUGGUGAACGUCGUGUUCUGA